AUGAAGCGAUCAGCAGAAGAUGUCCAGGAAAACGAGGUUCCGAGUAAGAAAGAGUGCUCUGAACAAGAAUUUGAUAAAGCCAAUGCUUCAAAACCUUUAGAAUGUUAUCAUGCUGAACUUAAGGGCGAACGAGAAACUAUGGAAGAUUAUUUUGUGAUUCAAACCGACUUUGAUAUUGGUUUUGCAACGUAAGUUACAUUCAUAUCAGAUGUUUGACAUUAUCAUUUAUCUGUAUGGCUUCAUUGAUGUUUUCUAUGACUUUAGAGCACGAUGUGCGUUGGUGGCCUUGUUUGACGGACAUGCUGGUUCUAAAUGCGCUGAAUAUUGCUCGAAAAACCUCGUCAAGAUCUUGGAGAAACAUGUAAAAAAUGGUACUGAAAGUUACCUUAAUAUGGUCGAGUGUAAUUGAGAGUAAACUUAUUUAUUUUUAUGUAAAUUCAGCCGGGUCUAGCUUUGAAGCGGUUCAGAAGGGCAUCAAGAAGGUCUUUGUGGACACUUUCAAGCAACUGGACGAUGAGUUCCUGAUAUUGGCUAGAAGAAGGUAAAGAAUAUGUUGUUUGUUGACUCGGCUUUGGUGAUCCUGUCAACUCUGUUUAUUUUUUAUACUUCUUAUAUUUGUUUUGUAAAGAACGUUUUGCUUUAUUCUAAAGUUUAAAUGAAUGUAUGUAUUAUAUACGAUUAAUAAGGACACUAUUUAGCAACCGGAAGCUGAAAGAUGGAUGUACAGCAACAGUCGUACUUCUGAUUGACAAUGUGUUAUUUUGUGCCAAUGUAGGAGACAGUAAAGCAAUUGUAGCCAGAAGGAAGGAGGACAAGUGUGUUGCCCUCUCACUUACUGUUGAUCAUACAGCAUUGGUCUUCGAGGAGCGACAACGGAUUCAGAAGGCUGGAGGGUUUGUUAAGUACGUUAGUGCAGGAACAGGCUUUUGUGUCUUAUUGUAAUGGGGUUUACUUUUUUGAUAUGGGAAAAAUACGAUUUUUGAAAACAGUUUGGCUAUACUAAUUAUGGUAUUCUAGAGACGGCCGUACAAUGGGAAUAUCUGAACUGUCUAGAGCUAUUGGAGACGAACCUCUGAAGAGACAUGGAGUGAUAUCAACCCCUUCAGUAAAAAAGAUUACUUUGACUUCAGAAGAUCAGUAAGUUUGUCUAAUGUUUUUCUAUAAUAUUUCUAUCAAUUUUAAUAAUCUUCUCGUAUUAAUUAUGGUAUUUUAAUGAAUAUCAACAAACUUUCAUCAACAACCACAUAGUCUGUUAAAGUUGAGAGUGUUUUUGUAAACAAUUAUGCGACAACUACUUGUUUUGUUAUUAUAGAGCAUUAGUAGUCGCCUGCGACGGUCUAUGGAAGGCGUUUACUGAAGAAGAAGUUCUUCUACAGUUACCUUCGGAAGAGAACAAAGAAACUUUGGAUAAAGUAACAUCAGAUCUGGCAUCUAAGGCAGUAGUGAAAGGGUGUGGAGACAACGUUACCGUACUUUUACUAUCGUUAAAAUAA